AUGUCUGUCGAGGACGAUAUCGCUGCCUUGGUUAUUGAUAAUGGAUCUGGAAUGUGCAAGGCUGGCUGCGACGAUGCUCCUCGCGCUGUUUUCCCCUCGAUUGUGGGUCGCCCGCGCCAGCAGGGUGUGAUGGUUGGAAUGGGCCAGAAGGACUCCUACGUCGGCGACGAAGCCCAAUCCAAGCGUGGUAUCCUCACUUUGAAGUACCCCAUCGAGCACGGCAUCGUCACCAACUGGGACGACAUGGAGAAAAUCUGGCACCACACGUUCUACAACGAGCUUCGCGUCGCGCCUGAGGAACAUCCGGUUCUGCUCACCGAGGCGCCUCUGAACCCCAAGGCAAACCGAGAGAAGAUGACCCAGACCAUGUUCGAGACUUUCAAUGUUCCCGCUUUCUACGUGUCCAUCCAAGCUGUUCUCUCCCUCUAUGCCUCUGGUCGCACGACUGGUAUCGUUUUGGACUCUGGCGACGGUGUUACCCACACUGUCCCCAUCUAUGAAGGCUUCAAUCUUCCCCAUGCUAUUCUCCGUCUUGACCUUGCUGGCCGUGAUCUUACCGACUACUUGAUCAAGAAUCUCAUGGAGAGAGGGUAUCCGUUCACCACCACGGCAGAGCGGGAAAUUGUGAGGGAUAUCAAAGAGAAGCUUUGCUAUGUUGCUUUGGACUUUGAGCAGGAGCUUCAGACCGCCGCUCAGUCGUCGGCCCUGGAGAAGAGCUACGAACUUCCGGACGGACAGACCAUCACCGUCGGCAGCGAACGAUUCCGGGCACCCGAAGCUCUCUUCCAACCCGCCAUGCUUGGUAUUGAAGGAGCUGGCGCUCACGAAACAGCCUACAACUCCAUCAUGAAAUGCGACCUCGAUGUCCGUCGCGAUCUCUUCGGCAACAUCGUUCUCUCCGCGGCACCACCAUGUUCCCAGAAGGAAUUGAACGCGCUUGCACCGUCAAGCAUGAAGGUGAAGAUUGUGGCCCCGCCUGAGAGGAAGUACUCCGUCUGGAUCGGUGGCUCGAUCCUGGCCUCUCUCAGCACGUUCCAGAAUCUCUGGUGCUCAAAGCAGGAAUACGACGAAUCUGGCCCUGCAAUCGUUCACCGCAGUGCGUAG